AUGGAAAACAGGGCAAAAUUAUGUUUUUGCAUGUUUUUUGCAGUUACAGUGUUUACUCAAUUGCAGAGAUGUGCUGCAGUCGAGGCUGGAGAUACUCUUCUGUUGGGCGCCUCGCUUACUGGAAAUCAGACAAUUAUUUCAAAGAACGGCACAUUUGAAUUGGGAUUCUUCAGCCCAACUGGAAGCAACUGGUAUAUUGGCAUCUGCUAUGCCCAAAUACCAGAGAAGACGUAUGUUUGGGUGGCCAAUAGGGCGACUCCAGCGAGAAACCGGUCAGGCGUUUUGAAGCUAUCAAGAGAAGGUAAUCUGGUACUGUUCGAUGCACACGGGGCAUCUAUUUGGUCUGUCAACACAACAAACAAGGCCUCCACGGCUGUGCUAUUGGAUUCUGGUAAUUUUCUAAUGCUCAGUGAUGACAAUGAAUCUGAAACUGUUUGGCAGAGUUUCGACAAUCCUGUAGAUACCUGGUUGCCAGGGAUGGUGUUCGGUGGACAGCAAAAGUUAGUCUCUUGGAAAAAUUCAUUGGAUCCUGCUCCUGGGCUUUUUUCCUUACACACGGAUCCAUCUGGGACCAAACAAUUGGUGCUGACCUGGGACAAUUGUGGAACUUGGGACGGCAAAACUUACACUGGCGUUCCAGAAAUGUCAGACAAACGUCAGGUCAAUAUCACCGUUAAUAGUAAUAGCUCAGGGUUUUUUGAAAGUUAUACGUUGAUUCCUCCGUUUAAUGCACUCAUACGUCUCGCCUUGACUAAGUUCGGACAAGUGCAAGUGUAUGUAUUCGAUGGCAGUAAAUGGAGCAUGUUCUGGUCUGUGCCCAGAGAUGGAUGCGACGUAUAUGGUACCUGUGGUGCCUACGGAACUCGCGAUUCCAGAAAUCUUCAGCUCUGCAGCUGCGGAGAAGGCUUCAAACCCAGAGACAAUAGUGCCUGGCUCUAG